GACUCCUACAGACCUUGUAGUGUUGACAUUACUGGUACUGGUAAGAUCAGUGGAUGUGAGAGUGGGAGCAACAGUUUCUCUUGCAAGGCUGAAGUUAUCCUGAAACAGUUAAUCAACAUGAAUUAAUACACUUUGGUUGUUGACUUUGUGGGCUGGGAGUCUUUUAUCAACACAAAAUGUGGGAGCACUGUUUGCAAGUAAUGUAUUUUCUUUUUAGUUAUGUAGGUUGCAAAGGUUGAACCUUAAAUUUUUCAGUGUUGCACACUAUAUGUUAACAUAUACACAAGUAUAUGUUCAGACAUAUAGUGUGCAAUGCUUUGUGCACAUUUUUAAUUUUUUCUGCUUGCAGUUGUCUCCUGUACCUCCAAACCUUGCGUUUGGAACAGGGGGUCCAAGAAAACAAAUCCAGGAGAGAUCAAAAGCAAGGUGUAUCCCUCCCUCAUUUACAACACAGUGCGUCGGGCAACUUUCAACCCACAGCCUUCCGCCUUCAAGGAGAAACUGGAGAAGCACCCUGAAGAAGUCCUGAACAGCUUUUUGUGUGCCCUCACAGCCAAUUCUCAGAAAACCUUGUGGUCAGUACUGCUCCAUUCUAGCUAUGGAGAUUACUCACUUAGCCAAGAAUAUCUUGACAUGUACCCUGUACUGCAUGAGCAAUUUGUCCAGAGUCUGAAAGACCUCAUCCCUAAGGACCACCAGCAAUCAUACUUUGAACAUCCAAACACUGCAGCUCAAAGCGAAAGUUCUGACUGGCAUACAUUGCGCCAAUUAUUUGUUACUGCAUCAGUUGCAAAGAGAGCAAUCAAGCUGAUUGACAUUGGUGCUAAGAAUUUUUUGAAAUCAAAUCUCUGGGGAAUUGGCAAGGACGAAGAAGAAGAAGAUUAUCCUGCCAUGGUCUAUGGAAGGGAAAAUGAAUCUACGGCAAGAAACGCAUAUAAAGAGAAAAUGCAGGCAGUGAUUCCAUCUGCUAAAAUUAAUUUGUUGGGGCUCUGCCAGAGUGUGAAAUACCCUCAGCUGGCAUGUAGUCCAGAUAGUACCCUGGAGAUGAAUACACUAAUAACGGCUAAUGAAAUCAAGUGCCCCUUUCGAUUGCAGAACAUUGACCCAGAAUUUUUUGAUUCUUAUCUAACAAAAAAACAACUGAAAGAUUUCUACUUAUUCAGAGAUGAGCAAGGCAAAAUUCAAUUAAAAGAAGAUCACAUGUAUUACUUUCAGGUCCAAAUGGUCAUGGGAAUUUUGGGUCUUCCAAUGUGUGAUCUAAUUGUAUGGUUACCCAAAGGAAUGGCCAUUGUUCCUGUGCAUUAUGAUGAAGAAUUUUGGGAGGAAUUGGCAUUGGGGUUGACUGAAUUUCACAAUUCCUUAAUUAUACCCGAGUAUUUUUUACAGAGGACUCCGAGGGAUUUAGAUCCAAUAAUUAUUGACAUAUCUUACACCUAAACUUUUCAGGGAAGCUGGAACAAUGACUUACAAAGGCUGAUUCCUUUCGUCAUACUCUAAUUUUUUCCUAGGCUCUCUUUUUGGAUUUUCAAACUGCACUCUCUGCCGGAGAAGAAAAAGUGAGAAUGAGUACUGACACUUACUACAGAGAGCGGUAAAGUACUGUACUGA